GGGCACCUCAUGCCUUGGGAAAGGGCUGGAGGGUUCCCAUUUUUGGUGGGAAGAGUUUUGGAUACCAAUUUGGUUGAAGCAUUGGAAGGUGAAUGUUGUGGAUGUGAUCUGAAUCUUUCCCUGCAGUUGGUCAAGGAAAUGUCUUUCUUGUCAAAGUGUUUUUCUACCGCAGUUGUGAAAGGCAUGUGCCGUGAACUGAAUUUUACAGUCCCGUGGGGCCACAUUGCAGCCAAGGCCUGGGGUCAUCCCAGUGGGCGCCCAGUAUUGUGUUUGCAUGGCUGGGCAGAUAAUGCCAAUACUUUCGACCGACUCAUCCCUUUGCUUCCAGGAGAGUUUUAUUACGUGGCAUUGGAUUUUCCCGGUCAUGGUCUUUCCUCUCACCGGUCGCCUGGAAUUCCCUAUUACUUCACGGAAUACAUCUCGGAUGUGCGGAGAAUUGCAGACGCUUUAAACUGGAAUAAAUUCACCAUUUUAGGCCACAGCAUGGGGGGUAAUGUUGGAGGCUUGUUUUGCUCAAUAUUCCCAGAGUUGGUGGAUAAGCUGAUUGUGCUGGAUGGAUAUGGCUUUUAUCCAAUUGCAAGUAGUGCUGUCCAGCAACAACUUCAGACAGCGAUCAAUGAGCUUAUAAAGCUGGAGAAGGAGCAGGGUUCACCCCGAGUGUAUACACCUGAUGGAGCGCUAAAGAGACUGCUGCUGGGAAAUAAAUCCGUUUCGGAGGAAAGUGGCAAGAUUCUGCUUCAGCGGGGAGCCAUCAAAGUAGCUGAAGGUCUUGUCUUCAGCCGCGAUUUGAGAAUUAACCUGGCCACUCCUAUAAGGAUCACCAUCGAACAGUGUCUGGAGUUUCAGAAGAAUAUCACGGCUGCCGUUCUCCUUAUUAUUGCUAAGGAUGGACUGUGGUCAACAGAAAAAUGGAACACGAACAAGCCGCCGUUUAGUCUCAUACUGGACGGAUACCGGAAUCAUCUGAAGGAGUAUCCAAAUCUGCUGUCCUCACCUACUAGUUCCUUGCUCUUCCUUCUCCGUAGUUCCGAAUGGAGAAAGUAGAGGGAAGUCACCACGUCCAUUUGAAUGAUCCAGAACGGGUCGUGGGAAUCAUCACCAAGUUUCUCCAGAUGGACGCCAAAUCCAAACUAUGAGGGUAGAAAGUGGGCAGCCUGUGCCUGGCCCAUCUUGGAGGGGAAGCACCUUCCCAGGACAGAAGAAGGCUGUCUUUAUCCAACACUCAAGACCAGAGAUACCAGUUCUCUAGGAGUAUGCCUGGGCCUGACCAGUCAAUAACCCGUUUAACAAUAUUUUAAUAGGAAAUAUUAAUGGCUUGAAUUGAUUUGUGAAGAUUUAUUGCUGACUAACUGGAAGGCUGUAGGAAUAACAGACAUCACGGCAGGUUUAAUUGCAGAAGGAUAAAUUGCUGGAAAAUAUCAUUGAAUGGUUUGGAAUUUUGAGUUUCUGUUCACAGGUUAGAAAAUUGAAAUCUUAAAACAUUUAAAUCAGGUGAAUUAGCCACAGGCCCCUCCUUGACAGUAGAAUUUCCCAAGGCUAUCUCAGUGAUGCUGGGGCAGAGUUUGCCAAUCACUUGAAUUACAAAUGCACUAUCACUCUUUGGGCAAAUACCCUCUGAGGGCAUUUUACAGGAUUAACUGCACUAAGGCAAACAUCUGUCUCAGAGCUGUAGUGGCAUGCUGGAAGUGUCCCUGCCUCUGGGCCAGAAGGCGUAGGUUCAAGUCCUGCCUGCUCCAGAGUUGUGUAACAACAUCUGUGAACGGGUUGGUUAGAAAAUAUUUUAAGCUCUGGAUUGGGCUCAUGUGGCACAGUGGUAGUGUCCCUUUCUCUGAGCCACAAGGCCUAGCCUCAAGUCCUGAAGCGUUGACUUGAAAGUACCUAAACUUCUGAUUUGUCUAAAAGUGCCAAUUUCUUAGUCCUAUAAAGUAUUAGUUGUUUUUAAUGUAGAAUGUUAUAGGAUACAAACAGGCCUUUGGCCUAAUUAAUCCAUGUCACUGUUUUCCACACAUCCCAGCCCCAGCCUUGCCUAAGAAUUCCUCUUAGCAGUUCAGAGGAGAGUCUUUGAUUGUCAGGUCUGUGUCCUGGAACCCUGUAACAAAGUGAGGGUAGCUGGGCAAGAGACUGAAUGAUAUUCUCGCUGCCUCUGGAACGCCCCAGACCAACAGCAAGUCACUAUCUCUGAGAAUAGCGGGAGAACUUCGAGAGACAGUAAAUCAACAAGUUUUUAUUCCUCCUGCCCCGGUUAAUGUAGGAAAUGUUCCAGUGCAUCCCAGGAGAGGGAAAGGGAGCUUUGGCAACUAUGGGAGAGUUGGGUACGAUUGCUAUGGAAAAUGGCCUUGUUUACUCACAGAAUGCCAAGGAAUACAGAAAAGAAUGUCAUUCCAGUGUAAGUUUGCUACGUUCUCGGGUUGUCCUAAAGACUGUCCAUUGCCUUGGCAAUGAUUGUCAUAAGAUUAGAAGUUUGAAUUACCAGUAACAAGUUUACUCAAAUUGUAUUUUCAAGCAAGCAGUAGAUAUUCUCAGUCUGUCUAUUUCCUGUCUUAUAAUAAUAUAUUGAUUUUAAAAAGCCA